GAGCCGCCGCCGCCGAAGCACAACCAUCCGCCGGUCGCAUCUCGGUCGCGUCGCUCGAACAGACCGCCUACCGCGGCUCCGCUCCACAUUACACAAUGGGUUCAACAAAGUUUGGCAACUUUGAUGAGUUCUGUCGCGACACAACACUCCCUGUCUGCAACCUCCUCUCACCCACUGAUAACCAGGCGGGACCAUGGCAGGGCUGCGAGCUGAGGGGCAUCCCUUUGUCCGAUAACCGGCAUCUGGGCAACCUGGGGUCCAUACUGCUUUGCGGCAUUGCGAUAGCUACAACCGUUUUGCUGUUGCUUCGCUCCGAGAGGAAACGGGCUGCUGUUGGUCGACGGGAAAUGCAAGCAUUCCUACUUGGGUACCUACUAAUUUCAAUAUGCGAAAUUUUCUCGGUGGGAGAAUUUCCGUUGAACUCAAAAGCGCGGCUGGCAUUCAGUGCUGUCCACAUUGGCGCUAUUGCAGCUACCACGUGGAUGCUAUUCCUCAAUGGCAUUGUCGGCUACCAAUUGAUGGACGACGGCACGCCCCUUUCUAUCGGCUUGGUUCUCGGCUCGGCACUGAUUUUCCUCAUCGGUGUCGGCUACAUCGCCCUCGAUACCGGAUUCUCCUUUACCGGCUACUGGAACUCGAGCUAUGAUACGCCCAACAGGAAUAUUGCGCUCUACGUCCUCUACCUGCUCCUGCCGCUCUUGUGGAUCGUGCUCUACUUCGUCUUGGAGACGGUCCUUGUCCUGAGGGUACUCGGCGAGAUCAGGCCGAUGCUCUUCCUGUGUUCGGCGGCGGUUGCUUUCGCCGCGGGACAGGUCUUCGACUUUGUCGUCAGCCCGUACAUUUGCAACGGUACCUCCGGAGCGAUCGACGGGGCUCUCUUUGAGACCUUGUUUACCCUCGUGUCCGUCGUUCUCGUCUGGCUUUUCUGGUCCAGCAUCACGGAGGACGACUGGCCGAUGGACCCGGGCAACCCCUAUCCCUAAACACGAUCGAGAUACCCACGUCUUUGACGUACAAGCCGGGCGGCGAGGAGUAUUGGAGUUCUGUGACGGGAUGUUUCAUGACGCUCUUUUUUGUGAUACCUUUUUCUUCUGCUUGGUGGCGGAUCUUAACUUUUGCUUGGCGGAAUGUCGUCGUCCAACGCCAAACGAAUACGAAACAAAGCAACAAAACACACGGACA